AUGUCCGGCUAUAAGAUGCAACCUCAUUGCCUAGAUCUCGGGCCUCCCCAGCUGCUCCAGACUACAUUGAUGCUGGUAUUUCGACAGCGUCUGGAUCAGGUGCUCCUCAAGCAAGCGUUUUGGCAGCUACUGGUGACUCACCCGGUCCUUCGGAUGAGAUUGAACAUUCUACGUACAGGGUAUUUCCCGUCUUCAGACCUGCAAGAAUGCUGGAAGAUAGGAUACGCCGAUAAAAGGCUUAGGGAAUAUUUCUCACGCGAUAAAUCCGGGGCGUGGCAGUUGACACCGGGUGGGAGAAACGGCAUUCAUGAGCUUUUCCGAUUCUCCGACUCCUGGUGGUUUCGAAUAAACCCGCCCGCUAUUCAAAUAAGAUUAGUUUUGCUGGAGGAUGGGUGUCUCAUGAACUUUGUCGUGCAGCAUUCUCUGUGCGAUGCGACAGGGAUGCUGGAUAUUCUUCACGAGUACGUGGCACUCCUCCGUGGUAAGCCAAUUGGACUACGCAGUCAGCGACCACAGUCUUUGAGGCUUAAGAAAGAGGUUAAUGGCAAGAGAAAGGCUUUGCCCAACUCCGGGGAGCUCCUCACGGCAUUCAAAGACCAGUACGGUUUUGGCAUACUAGGCCUGGUCUGGUAUGGCCUCCUGACAUGGAUCUAUCUACUAUUUAGGCACUCGAAUCCGCGAUCAGAGCAGACAGUGCAUGUUCCGGGGAGUGUCAUAGACCGAGUUAGUGAGCUAGCAUUAGAGAAGGAGAUUAAGGUCACCCGAAAUGACCUCCUGAUGGCUACAUUACUCCAGGCCUCCCAAAAAGUAUUUGGACAGGGCAACUUUGCCUUCGGAUUCGUCCUCAGCGUCCGGAAAGACCUCGACUGUCCCGAGGACACCCUACAUAAUCCCUGGUGGGUCAUCUUACUACCUUCCCACAUAAUGAACAGGUCCAGAAGCGAAAAGAAAUGUCUAAAUCCCCAAGCCAGAAUUCUUGAGCUUGCUUCGAAAAUCCGCGAAAUCAUCAUUGUAUCCCGCAGUCCUGAUUGCAUGCGUGCUUUUCUGGCCCACUACGAAAACCAGGGCAUGUUACCGAUAUAUCCACGGACGGCCCCUCAUUUCCCGAAUAUUAUCGUAUCGUCGUCGAAUCAGCUCAACUUCCAAAGUCUGGGCUUCCCAGACGAAAACGGGAGAUAUGUCCGACCUGGUUAUGUUGAGUUGGAUGUUCAGAUGUCAAGUUACAUCUUAGAAUGGGGAUUAAAUCAUAAUGACGUAGUGACCACGUUGAGUGACGGGCUGGGUGGGUUUUAUGUACAUGGGACGUGUCACAUGGAGCUAUGGGAGGAGCUGCGGAGAUGUACAUCCUGUCCUACGUGA